CGCGUCUUGUUCGCGACGCGACGUGUUUUGCGCCUGAGGCUGGGAAGCCUCCCGUGCUGCUGAAAACUGCCUGGCGCCAGUCUCUGCCCAUCCCAACUUCCGCAACACCAAAGGCCCUUCCAUCCUUUGUCGAGCUUCCGCACUCCCAAUUGAACCAGCCGUUCUUUUCGCGGUCGCAUCACCAUGGCUUUGAAUCAAUACCCUGCGCCCGUCGAUUACGCGGGGCAACUUGACGCCUUUAAGGACUUUUUGAAGCAUUUCAAGAGCUCCGAGUCGGCCUCCGCAUCGGCUGCGACGGAAGCAAUUGAAGACCUGCACAUUGACGAGGAUGGCACUAGCGAUGAAUACGAUUUUAUGGAUGAUGUGAACGAGGGCGGCGCGCAGAGCAGAGGCGGUCGUCGCCGAAACAGGGAGCAGAAGCUCAAGUACAUGCAGAUGCUACAGGACGUAGCUGACCGCGAACGGGCCGACGUCCUCAUUGAGCUCGAUGAUUUGGUUGCUUACGAACGAACACUACCGGAAGACGUCGAUCUGAAGCUUGUCGAUUCGGUCGAGAAAAAUACCAAGCGCUAUAUCGAGGUUGUCUCUCAGGCGGUGGAUGCUAUCAUGCCCAAGGAGACUAGAGAAAUCACGUUCAAAGACGAUGUUCUUGAUGUGAUCAUGUCCCAGCGUGAAAAGCGCAACGAAGCCAUGGCGAUGGCUGCUGAAGCCGACAUUGACGCCGCGAUCGCCCCGUCAAUGUUCCCUCCUGAGCUCACUCGUCGAUACGUCCUCAAUUUUAAGCCAUUGACGCCUUCUGGGUCCAGUAACGAGCGUGCUUCCAAGGCACUGGCUGUUCGAAAUGUCCGCUCAGAGCACCUCGGUAGCCUUAUUACAGUCCGCGGCAUCACGACUCGGGUGUCGGAUGUCAAACCCGCUGUCCAGAUUAAUGCUUACACCUGUGACCGUUGCGGAAAUGAAGUCUUCCAGCCUGUUACAACAAAGCAAUUCCUUCCAAUGACCGAGUGUCCGUCGGACGAAUGCAAGGGCAACAACACCAAGGGCCAGCUUUUCCUAUCCACGAGAGCGUCAAAAUUCAUUCCCUUUCAAGAGGUCAAGAUCCAAGAGAUGGCGGAUCAAGUGCCUGUCGGCCACAUCCCCCGUCAAAUGACAGUUCACUGCAAUGGAAACCUUACCCGCCAGCUCAACCCCGGUGAUGUGGUAGACAUUGCCGGAAUUUUCCUUCCCACACCUUACACCGGCUUCAGGGCGAUCCGCGCCGGUCUCCUCACCGACACCUACCUCGAAGCCCAAUACAUUACCCAGCACAAGAAAUCUUAUAAUGACAUCGCAAUGGACAGCCGAACUCUACGAAAGAUUGACCAGCACAACAAAUCGGGCAACAUGUACGAAUACCUGGCACGAUCCAUUGCCCCUGAAAUUUACGGCCACCUGGACGUUAAGAAGGCACUGCUUCUGCUGCUGAUUGGCGGUGUCACAAAAGAAAUGGGCGAUGGAAUGCACAUUCGUGGCGACAUCAACAUCUGUCUGAUGGGUGACCCUGGUGUUGCCAAGUCCCAGCUGCUCAAGUAUAUUACCAAGGUCGCGCCCCGUGGUGUAUACACGACUGGUCGUGGUAGCAGUGGUGUCGGUCUUACCGCGGCAGUUAUGCGAGAUCCUGUCACAGAUGAGAUGGUUUUAGAGGGAGGAGCCCUUGUUCUUGCAGACAACGGUAUCUGCUGUAUCGAUGAAUUUGACAAGAUGGACGAUGGCGACCGGACUGCCAUUCACGAAGUGAUGGAACAACAGACCAUCUCCAUCUCCAAAGCCGGCAUCACCACAACACUCAACGCUCGUACCUCGAUCCUCGCCGCCGCUAACCCUCUGUAUGGUCGCUACAACCCACGAAUCUCCCCCGUCGAGAACAUCAACUUGCCAGCGGCUCUACUUUCUCGUUUCGAUGUCAUGUUCCUCAUUCUUGAUACUCCUUCCCGUGAUGCUGAUGAGGAGCUGGCCAGCCACGUCGCCUACGUCCACAUGCACAACAAGCACCCUGAGAAUGAAGAUGCGGGUAUCAUGUUCACCCCUCACGAAGUUCGUCAAUACAUUGCCAAGGCGCGAUCCUACCGACCUGUGGUCCCAUCAAGGGUCUCGGAUUACAUGGUUGGCGCCUAUGUGCAGAUGAGGAAGCGCCAGAAGCGCGACGAGGCCAACAAGAAGCAGUUCUCUCACAUCACCCCGCGUACCCUGCUUGGUGUCGUCCGUCUCUCUCAAGCUCUCGCACGUCUGCGAUUCAGCGAGGAAGUUGUCACCGAAGACGUCGACGAGGCACUUCGCCUCAUGGAGGUCAGCAGGGCAUCUCUGUCCAGCGACGGCCAGUCCCACCUAGACCAGAGCCCUACAUCCAAGAUCUACAAUCUCAUCCGUGGCAUGCUCGAAAGCGGCGCGGCUGCCGUUGGAGACGGAGAAGAUGGCGAGCUCAGCAUGAGAAGAAUCCGCGAGCGAGUCCUGGCCAAGGGCUUCACUGAGGAUCAGCUCACAAUGACCGUUGACGAGUACGAGAACUCUCACGUCUGGCAAGUCAUCGCCAACGGAACACGCCUUGUCUUCCUUGACAACGCAGACGACAUGGAUAUGUAGCUGUCCCGAACCCGAGGUCAGCUUUUGAAUGUUUAUUUCCCUGCGAAAUGUUAUAUCUCGUUUUCCGUUGUUGCUCGCUUGGUUAUUUCUGUUGAUUUGAGAGUACGUAGUGCAUGAGGCAUGUCGGCUGGGGACCGGUGUUUAUGGUGUAUACUUGGUAAUAUUUGCCUUUCCAAUGGGUUUGGGAUAUAUUUGUUCUACAUUUGAUGGUCAAUUCUAAGUGCGGAAGCGUGAAGUCUGUUAGUCACGUAUCUAUAGACUUGUGAGAAUGUGAUCUGGAUCAGUCGUCGUUCUCUGCGGCUGUCUGAGUAGAAUAGGUUAAGCUAUGCUACAUAUAUUUGACCUCAAGAAUAUAUUCGAUGCAUCUAGAUAAAUUCAAAAUGCACGAUUAAAAAGCAGCA